AUGACAAGCGAAUUGCCCUUAGCGGUCACCGCUAGAGCAAUGAAAGCCUUUGAGGAGUUGGAUGUCAUAACUUUCUCCAGCCUGUCCGUGGCUCGCGAAUACAUCUUCAAAACCCUCUGUCGAACGAAUUUCGAAUGGCCAGAGAUGUCAAAGAAAAUGAUUCUUCAGUACGAGGUCACCUUAGAUGAGACUGUCGAGCAAGCAAUCAACCUAAUCGGCGUCUUGGACAUGACCAGUUUCACCAACAAGAGAUCUCUCGUUAGGUGCCUCAUCGCCAUCUUGGACGAGCAGAAGUUCCAGUGGCCCAAAAGGGAAUUAGCCUGGACGUCACAUCAAAAGUUCGCAGGUCUAGUUGCGGAUGAGUUGCACCGACGAGGGGCCUUCACCACCCUCGACCGUUAUACUUUCGAGUCUGAAUUUCGAAGAGAGGACCCCGCGCUUGUACAACCAAUCAAACUAGCAACCGAAUUGGCUGCCGCUUUGAACGUCACGACAAUCAGUAAUGUCUUGGAACUGCGUGACCAGCUCAACUCCAUCCUUGAUCAAAACAGCUUCCAGUGGCCCAAGCUAGAUAUGAGUCCUGCUCAUGCAAAACUUCAUUUUGGAAGUCUAGUUCUGAAAGAACUACACCAAAGACAUGUCGCUACUGUUACUGGGCCGAGAUAUCCAAUUGCCGUGGACCAUUCUAGAGAAGUGAUGAGAAGUUUGGAACACACCACAGAGCCUCACCGCAAUGCCACUGCGCAACCUCAGUCAUUAGGUUUAACCGAGCAUGCCGAAAACCACAGCUUUGAAGAGGCAGGAGAGGCUCACUCAGCUCCUACCGAAACGCCUGGACCGGUCCUUUACAACAAAAUUCAUCUAGUUCCUGGAGCUAAAGCGCCUCAGCUAGAGCCUCGUUCAGGCCCUGAAGCAAGACGUUCUUUGCCUGCGGCACAACAAAAUCAGAACGCGAAGGCCACAGAAAUUCAACCCAAGCCCACCGAUGGCAGCCCCAUUUCCAAUACCACUGCGGCCGGCUCACCAUGUCCGGCAUGUAGCCUCUCUCCGGCGGAGCUACUAGCUGUCAUCGAGGAGUCCAUUCGACGAAAUGCUAGUGAUCUUGGGCGGAAUAUCAUUGAUCAUUUAAGCAGACAGGGUAUCACCGGCGUUCAGCAGAACUCUACCACAGGCCACUUUGCACCACUAGAAAGCUUGCCAGGCCACUCUAGACACUACGAAACAGAUCUACACUCUCGUUCAGAACCUCUUGAGGAGCCCAGUACUGUUCCUGUCAAAGAGCCACGUCCUGAAGCCAUACGCUGCGUGCCUCCUGGGGCACGGCAUGGCCAAGAUCCCGUGGUCAAAGAGGCUCACUCAGCUCCUACCAGAACGCCUGGACCGGCCCCUUGGAACAAGAUUCACCUAAAUCCUGUUCAAGCGCCUCAACCAGAGUCUCGUUCAGAUCCUGAAGCAAGACGUUCUUUGCCUGCGACACAACUUGACCAGGACGCGGCCAAGAAGUCUCCCCCAGAGGCUCCCCCAACUCCUAGUAAAAAGGCUCUAGUUCCUAAAACUACAGCCAAAGCUUCCGAGUCUAGCAAGAAGCCGGACGAGUAG